AUGGGCGUUUCUGGAUUGUGGGAUGCAGUUGCCGCUGGCGGUAAAAUAAUCCAUCCCAAAAGCCUGGAAAACAAGGUCAUGGCUAUUGAUGGGAGUUUUUGGAUUAGACAUAUUUCAGCCUCCCGGGAGAAUGGCAAAUAUGAUAGUGAUUUCAUAGCUAUUUUCUUCAAGCGUAUAUGCAAAUUACUGUCCUAUAAAAUAAUUCCAAUAAUUGUGUUUGAUGGCAUAGCUCCUGAUGCUAAAAGAAGUGAAAUAAACCAUCGAACACAAACUAUUUCAAAAAUUUCAGAUAAACAUAGGAGAUUGACUUUGAAAAGAAUUGCAAGACAAACUCUCAUUAAGCAAUUAUUCCCUGCAACUAAAAAUGCAGAGAUUGAAACUACAACACAUAAUGGGAUUGAAAAUAACGAUAAUUUAUCUGCGGAAAAUGUGAAAAAUGAUGAUUCACUACCACCGCCAAAUAAUAAUAACAAUCUCUUUGACAAUACAAAUUCCAGUGAAUCUAGUGAAUGUGGCGAUUGUGACAAUGAGUAUAACCAACUAAUUUCUUGGCACGAGUUUAACAAAUUGUCUCCAAUAGAUAAAUUCAAUUUUUUAAAGAAUUUACAGAAGAAAUCAUUUAACAAUGAUCGAACCCGGUUGGUAAACUUUGGUGGUACAAUAACCGAGUUCUCAAACAAGCUACUCAACAUUUACAUGAAGAAUGCGAAUGUUAACAAGUUGCUCGAUAAGGUGAAAAUGGUUUUAAAUGUAUCCAAUUCACCAAUAACCGGCAUUAGUGAUACACUGCAGCAAUCUUUUGACUGUCACAACUCUAUUCAUAAUGUCUGGCUUGAUACCAAUGACAUAAUCAAAGAUUAUAACACACUAAUUCCAAAUUCUAAUGGCGUAAAGAGGCGACGUUAUUUAAAUGAUUUUGAAGCACUAUCUAAUCCACAGGAACCUAUUCUAUUGGAUGAUAUCAAAUUAUCAACAGAUAAUGUCGAUGAUGAAGAAGUUAUAAAGUUUAGUUGUGAUGCAGAUUUGUUUGGCGGAGAAUUUAUGUCAGAUACAAAUUUAGAUAAUUUGAUAACAGUUGAAUCUCCUGAUGAUAAUUUACAACGUAGUUCAGGUAAUGAAUCUGAUGAAUGGGAAGAAUUAAAUAAUAUAGUUGAUAACAAAAUAGUACAUGGUAAUGAUAUAUCAGAAUCAAAUGAUAUUAAUAAUCAUUUAUAUGAACCUGUGGUUGAUGAUUGUGGAUUAAUCUUUGAUAAAUCAAAUAUCAAAAUAGACAAAAUAGAGACAGUUGAUACCCAUUCAAUUAGCAUUGUUAAAGCUGAUGAUAAACCACCAGAUUAUACCAUUCCGGAUAAUAGAUUCCAAAAAUUAUGUAAAAUUGAUAUAUUCAAUUAUGAAUCCGCCGAUUCAAGUGUCGGUGAUAAAUUUAACACAUAUCAUAAUACAUAUAAAAUGGCAGAUGUGGAAAUUUCCGGCUCUAUCGGAGUGUCUAAUGUAGCAAACAAAUCUACUGAUGAUAAUGUAAUUAAUAAAAGGGUGGAUUAUAAAAUUGAUGUUUUAAAGCCCGAAAGCAAAGGAUGGCUUAAAAAUCAUUCCGAAGAAUCGUUAAACUUAUUCAACAGAUACCCUAAACUUCUUAAUUAUGAAGAGUUUGACAAUAUAUGUACUCUACUUAAACUCUUCAAAAUCCCUAUUAUCUUCGCUCCUUCUGAAGCUGAAGCUCAGUGUGCUCAACUUAAUAUUGAACAGUCAGUAUAUGGUGUAAUAUCUGAUGAUUCAGAUACAUUGGUUUUUGGGGCCAUUAGAGUUGUUAAGAAUUUCUUCAACAAACAAAGAAACUUAGAAUUAUAUCAGUCACAGAAUAUCAAACAAACACUUGGAUUGACACGAGAGAAACUAGCUCUAAUUGCUCUGCUUUGUGGAUGUGAUUACACCAGUGGAGUAAAGGGAAUUGGCAUUGUUAAUGCUUUGGAGAUAAUAGAAGCCUAUCCCACAUUUGAUGAUCUGUAUCAUUUUCGUGAUUGGGCCACAAAUAUUUAUUCAAAUACAAAUGAUUCUUGUGAAAUAAGGAAUAGAUAUAAAGUUAGACAUGAGAAAUGUCGAAAUGGGUGGAUUUUUCACGCGGAUUUCCCAAAUAUCCAUGCUUACAAUUUACUAAUGUCCCCUAAGGUAGAUUUAAAUAUAGAAUUACCUAAAUCAAACAAAUGUGCCAGAUUAAACGUCGAAUGUAUAGAGUCUAUUGCAUUGUUUAUGAGAGGAAAAUCCAGAAUGGCGCCUAACGACAUUAUAGAUCACCUCAAUGAACUAGAUAGAUGUCUGAGUAAUGGUCUAUUGAAUGGACAACUCAGAUUGUACGAUUUAGACGGCAUAUCACCGCAUCUUAAAAUAAGCAGCUACGCCCCAGACCAAACAAUGAUGGCUGAUAGCAAUACCGCUUGUGCUUUUAUUAGAUCAGAAAGAAUGCGAUGUAGCAUUGCAGCAAUUAAAAACAACUCUAAUGAUGUAAAUUAG